UUUGUUUGAUAGAUGAUCUUCCUGUCAAGCAUGUUAUGUCAGUUUGAUGGCGAAAUAAUUGUUUUCGUGUUAUUGAUUGGGAUUUUAAAGUAUUCAAUUUAACAGGAUUUUAUUGUAUCUGAUAAAAAGACUGUACAUUAGAUAAUUAAAGUUGCAUUUCCUUGACAUAUAUUUGAUUUAGUGAACUGUGAAUUCAAGAGAAAGCGGCUAAGGUCAAUUUUACUACAAAGCAUUAAACUGAGGUAUCAAUCAUGGCGUUUGCUGGACUUAAGAAACAAAUCAACAAAGCUAAUCAGUAUGUCACAGAGAAAAUGGGCGGUGCCGAGGGCACGAAACUUGAUUUGGAUUUCGUGGAAAUGGAAAGAAAAACAGAUGUCACGUGCGAACUAGUGGAGGAGUUACAGACAAAGACAAAAGAGUUCCUGCAGCCGAACCCAAGUGCGCGAGCCAAAAUGGCGGCCGUUAAAGGCAUCAGCAAGCUGAGCGGGCAGGCCAAAAGCAACACGUACCCUCAGCCAGAGGGCGUGCUCGGAGACUGCAUGCUCCACUACGGGAAGAAACUCGGAGAAGACACCGUAUUCUCGCAAUGCCUGAUCGAGAUGGGCGAGGCGCUGAAGCAAAUCGCCGACGUGAAGUAUUCCCUGGAUGACAACAUCAAGCAGAGCUUCUUGGAGCCACUGCAUCAACUGCAAACUAAAGACCUCAAGGAAGUCAUGCAUCACCGAAAGAAACUACAGGGGCGCAGGCUCGACUUCGACUGCAAACGACGUCGGCAAGCAAAAGGCUCUCAAAUUCCAGACGAUGAGAUUCGGCAGGCGGAGGACAAGUUCGCGGAGUCGCUCACGCUGGCCCAGAUUGGCAUGUUCAACCUUCUUGAUAACGAUGUGGAGCAGGUGGCACAACUUACCUUCUUCGCGGAGGGUCUGCUAGAAUACCACCAGCAAUGCACUGAAAUUCUAAAAGGGCUAGUUUCCACGCUUAUGGAGAAGAAAGAGGAGGCUGUCAACCGUCCGAAGCUGGAGUUCGUACCCAAGACCCUGGCGGACCUGCACAUCGAAGGCGUGCACGACCUAAUGAAUGGUAGGCGGUACGGUUCCACCCACAGCCUGUCCAGCUCCCGCAAGCCCCUCCCCCCCUCCUCGUCCGUCGGCGACCUGAGUAACGUAGACCCUUUCAAAGCCUGGGAAGCCCCGACGCCCCCCAAGUAUCAAGGCAUCGCCAGACACCCACCGCCGCCUGGGUUCAAACCGCACCCGGCGCCGAGGAGCCAGUUCAAUGGGAGGGACCCCUGGGCAGCUUCGCCAUUGCCGUCGCCGAUUAAGUCGCCUGCGCGGACGCCGGUGGCCCCCGCUAAAGGCCCUUGCUGUACCGCCCUGUAUGACUUCGAGCCAGAGAACCAAGGCGAACUAGGAUUCAAGGAAAACGACGUCAUCACUCUCAUCAAUAAAGUGGACGAGAACUGGUUCGAGGGCUCCAUCAACGGUAAGACAGGCUACUUCCCCAUCAGUUACGUGCAGGUCACCGUGCCGCUACCCAACAUGUAAACCAGAGGAUUCGACCACCACCAUCGUAUUCAUUCACCUCUCAUUGCGCGCGAGUUGUUUGCAUUGUACAGAGUGAAAUGAAACGUGUUGACUGUUCAGUUGGUUAAGGAAUAGAGAAGGGAAUAUAAAAUAAUGCACACAACUCGCUCGCGUUUUGUAACCGCUGUAGAGGAAGUUAGAUCUAUUUAUUUAAGUAUAUAUUUUUUCAUACUGCGAGGAAAUCUCGUUCGUGCCCCCAUAGCAUAGCAUGCAACGGCGCUUUUGCCAUGCUACGGGGCUGGUAUUCAAGAGCGAAUAUGCAAAUUUAUUCACUUUUGUUUAUCUACCUUAAGUUAACAGUAAGUUGUAUCGUUUCUGUAACCUUUAUUUUUGUAAUUUUUUAAAAAAAUGAAUAUAUUUUUAUAUAAUUUUCUUUCCACAUCGAUUUUUAAGAUCUACUUCCUUAACAUUCGCGUUACAAAUUGUUAAUACAUUACGUUGCCCUAGGCAGUAUUAUGUAGAUCACUAAUUUGAAGUAACUGUGUCAGACGCUCAAUGGUAUUGUUACGUCACGCAUAUUAUUCCCAUAAUUUGUGGAUUUUUGUGUCAUAGAGAUGUCUUCCCGAAUUAAUUUGAAACAUUUUCAUUCAUAUUUCAAUGUUUUAAAUCAAUAAUUCAAUGAAUUAAUUAUACCUACGUAAAUUUAUGAUUAAAUUCUCUGUACUCUAGAGAAUAAUAAAGAUAGCCAUCCAAUUUAAAUAUUAUCUUUCGGAUGAUCUGAAUGAAAUUGAAAUGUAAAGGAUCUAUUUACAUAAAUGCAGCUAAUAAUCAACCUGUUUGAAUUGCUAAAAUUGAGGAAGAUGUUACAGACAUGACUAUGUUUUUGUAAUUUUAAAAAUUUUGCCAUUUUUUUAAAGUAAUUAUGUAUUAGCAAUUAUAUAUUUUUAAAAUAUUGUUUUACACCUUAGGAAGUUAGUCGACCAAAUCCGAAUAUUUUUUUGUUAAUUGACAUUCCCGCGCAAUGUUAGAUGUUGCGAUGAGUAUUAAUAUAGUGGCGUGUAAUCAUCAGUAUCCGUAUACACCGAUGUGUUUACCCAUAGUGCUACAAGUAGUAUAGAGACCUAAGUAAGUAGGGACCCAACUGACCGGCCGUAGCGACCACCGCUCGGGGAUGUCGUAUGUAUAACUACGUGUUGAAGGUUCGUUGCCCCACAAGGCAACAUCAAUUCAGAAAAGUGAUAUUUUGAAGUAAUAUUAAAUUAGUUCCAUUCAUCGUGGAUCUAUUUUUGUAGAAACAACCAACUUUUCAAAUUAUAUCCCAAUUUUAUUUAUUCAUUUCGUCCAUUAUAUUUGUUUAGCUCUUCAGUAUUUGACACGGAAUAUAAGGUUUAUUAGGAAUAAAGUAGUUAACAUAAUGAGAUUAGAUUUUAUAGUUAUAUCUUUGCGGGCAAUUUAUUUAUCUAAAUGGAGAAAUGUAUACAAUAUAACGUAUAUUACGCUAAAGUGAUGACAAAAGAUGUAAGAAUUGUUAAUCUUGCCAGUAAUUUAUGGCGUUUCAGUGUUUGAUGUAAUAUUGGCAAAUUGUAAUAAUAGCAUAUUAUAAUGUCAUUGUGAUAAAGUUAGAAUAUGGUACCUACUAUCGAUGCAGUGGUCAGUGCCCAUGCAUCAUAUUUUAAAUUAGUUUAGUUUUUUAAUGACUUUUUUAUUUCUAUUAAUUGCAUAAUAAAUUACUUUAGUCAUUUUGUUUACUUAUCUUUUUUAUACAUUUAAAUGCAUUAAUAUAAUCGAUAGAUAAAUAUGAAUGAUUAUACAAUACAAGGCCUCUAUUUAAUAACAUUGUUAAAUGUACUUUAUACUGCACAUAUGUUCUAAGAUCUUUACUGUCAUAUAUUUCACAUGUCCUAUGUCGAUGUUAUAGUAAUAUUGAACAUAAUUUCAAUGAAUUCAUCGUGUCAUCAUUGUCGUACUCAGACCCCAUUGCAUCACGUCUCUGGCAUACAAAAGACAAUACCUAGAUCUAAUAUUAGAUGUAUGUUAGGUUCAUAAAUAAAUUGUUCUAUCUUCAAAUGUCUCUUAAUGUAAGUAUUUUGAGUAAUAAUUACAUCAGUGUUACAAAAUAUUGUAAUAUUUCAGUGUUAUAUAUGUGAGUUGCCGUGGCACAGCCCUAGCUGAAUGCUCAAGGCAAACUAUCUACGAUUUCUCAUUAUAAAUGCAAUUAACCGACCUCCGAAGAUUUAACAUUAUGGUAACAGAAUUGAUAGACUGUUAUUGUAUUUAAUAUAGUCUAAUGACUUGAAGGUACUUGGUAUAACCAAGUUAACAAGAGACGAAGAAGCUGACAUAUUUUCUAGCCGUCGUAUGCUGCGUUGGGUCAAUGUUGCUUUACAUUGCUAUGUGAAGUAAUCCGUUUUGGGAUUUGUUAUGCUUGUUGUCGAUAAACGCACUAGAAAAAGCAGCUACUUCUUGUGACGAUAGGUUUUAAUCGCAUGUCCCUAGAAUAUUAAGUAUCCUUACUAAAUCAUCGUAUACACCUGAAAAGAGGCAGCAAGCAUUUACAUAUUGACUUAUUGAAAACUCAUUACUCGUAUUAGGAUAAUAUGCGAUUGGUGCGAUCACGUCUGUUGUGGUGUAAUCUUGUUCAUGUUACUGUAAUCUUAUUACUGUAAUUUCAUAGUAUAAAUUGAGGAUUUAUGGAAUGUAAUACAAAUAUUAUUGAUUUGUAUUAAAAUUUAUCCCGAAACUUAUUGCUCGUUUUCGCCUCCUAAUAAAAUGUUAACAAUUAAAUAUUGA